AUGAAGUUUCUGAGUGACACUUAUCAAACCUCAGUCAGACCGGACAGAACGGUUAGCAGUCCGACACGUCCCAGUGUUAUGGUCAACAACUUCUUGUCGGAUUCUCCGGAUCAAGUUUACCGAUCUAAAUCCGUUCUGUUCACUCGAUCCUCUGUGGAAGGUUUCUCUCUUGCCAGCACCGACUUGAAACAGAAGGACACAGACAGUGAUUUGAUUCCCUCUCCACGGUCUGACGUCAGUAAAAUUUCCAAACUUCCUCAGGAUGAAUUGGACGAUACCGAGAACAGAAAGAUCACUCGGUCAAUGUCAGUGAAUUCGGAUAUGGAUGACAACGUUUCGAUAAAAACCAGUUGGCAAGUGUUUGCCAAUCAUAUAAAAAAUAUUGACGUUGCCACAGAUUAUGUAACAAGUGUCCAGAAACCGAAUUUUAAAUCAAGUGACAUUUUCCAAAAAGUAAUGGUGGAUCUUUAUGGAAAUCCGGAAUACGGGCAGAAAAUCGGAUACACUCAAUUGAGAGGCAAGGUUGGAAAUAUUUCUGCUAUGACGUCACGAAUGAUGGCCAGAAGGCGCGCGAAAAAAGACGAAGCGUUAUCGCAAGAAGAGGCGGAAUUAGAGCUAUUGCUACAUCCACCGCCGAGUAAAAGGACAUUAGACAAUGCUAAACGUGGUUGGGUGAUCAUCCGACGAUAUGUGCAAGAACAGAUAACCCAGAAAAAAUGUAACGACUCGAAUUUGAAAUGGACGAUGUUGAAUCAAACGUUACGUGCUAUGUCGAACACGGAACGGACCAGGAUGGAUCUGUACCAACGUUACGGCUUACUGCCGAAAUUAAAUAAAGACGGACGGUUUGUGAGAGAGAACAGUAUGUUGAGUGAAAGGGCCAGAGUGUUUUUAAAACAAAAGGAAUCUGAUACCGAAAUGGUUAACUCUCAAUCGAAAGUGAAAAAUCGUGCUAAAAGCAGCUUCUUGCCACGUUGUUUACCGAAUAACUCUCAUGGACUGAGACAAAGCUCUCUAUACUCACGACAAAGGGCCACUUCAUUAGGACAUAAGCCUACUUAA